CACACACUCACACACACACACUGGUCAGGACAGAUGGCGGCUUCACAGCGAACAUCUGAGCCCAUCAACUUUGUGCAUCAGGAUGAAAUCUGGAAAGCACAUGUAAAAGUUGAGAAGGAUUCGGCUGAAGUCUGGCCCAACAAGUGGGGCUUCCUGACCGAGGUGUACAAGGAGUACGAGGGGCAGAGUGUGAAGCUGAAGGAGGAGGUCCGAGUCAAGCCUCCUCAUCACCUGGCAUCUGGACCUGCGACCACUCCUGAUAAAUCCAUCCACGUCGGCCCCUCUCCUCCGGUUCCUCAGACAACUCAGGCUCUGAUUGGCUGGCGUUCAGCUCACUCACAUCUUCAGCUUGAAAAGCACGUCACGGUGCAUCAUGGGAGGCGUAGUUUUCUGAAGGAGCUGGGCUGGCCUUUCGACGCCUGCAGCUGAGUGGAAGCCACCGCUCUGUGUUGUCUCGGCUGAUCACUGACUCAGUGAGCUACGAGAAUGUAGCAUCAACUAAAGACAGACAUUAAAUCAAUCCUGAGAAUAUGUGGAAUGUUCUCAAAAUGGUCUUUAAUGUCCUUCUAUAACUCUUGUUCUUCACUAUCCUCCUGAGACCCUGUCGUCACAUAACGACAUCACAUUUUGGGUUUACUUGACCUUAUACUUGAUUCUACUAUACUCACACCUGUUGUCCUCGUUCGUAGAUACUUUUGUGCCAUCUAGUGGUAGUAAGAGCACAAUACACCAAUUCACAUAGAAAUAAGUUGGCAGUCAUCUCUACUGAGUCAGUCUGCAGCUGAUCCUGACACAAAAGCUAUGGUUGAAACUUGUUUAUUGAUGAUUAAUAAUGUUUGUAGUUUGACAUGGCAACAGCAACAAGAUAAGACACUGUUACUUAGGAAGUAGUAGUAGACGUGGUUGAUUACAGGUGAUCCUGACAGCACCCAUCACACCUUUACCGAAAGGUUGGCUGGCCACAUUUGGCUGUGCAGUGAGAGCAGCAUUGGUAUUUGUUCAUUUAUGAAGCUUCGAUACAGAUGCUUCCACCCCAUAUUUCAUCACUCUUAACUCUGUCCUCACAUAAUUAUGGUACUCGUUCACAGAACAGGUUGUUGCUUCACACUCCUUUAAUCAGAACUGAACCAGGAAGAAGGUCAUUCUGCCGCCCUUAUGGCAGUUUAAGUGCCUUAUUUCGGAUCUUGUUUUAAUUGAGUGUAAAAGUUUUUAAGUAUACAUCUACACCUUAGCAUGUUUAUCACCCUGUAUUUCUACAUUUAGAGCACAUUUAUUGCUAUUGUUGUUUUGUAUGAUUUCAUUUUUGUUUUAAUUGAUAUGCAUGAUUGUUCUUUGUUUGCCUAUUAAUUGUUUUAAUGUCUUUGUUCAUUCUCGG